UGGUCCCAGUCCUCCUCACAGGGAUCAGCAUGGACACCUCCUGGAGUAAUUUCCUCUUUCAGACUCCUCAGACUCAGAGUCAGGCUGAGGCUCCUCUCCAGUCGGAGCUGCUGCCUGAGCUGACCGGCUCCGCUCAGAGUCCCGCGGCGGAGCAGCACAUCGUAACGCCGCCGUCCACCGUCGACACGGCCGCGCUGAGCGAGGAGCCGCUGCCUGUCAAACCGCUCAGCAAGCCGAGCCGCCCCGCCCACAUCUGCGCCACCUGCAACAAGGAGUUCAAGAACAGCUACAACCUGCGGCGCCACCAGUCUGUGCACACGGGCAUCAAGAUGAAGGACCGCGCCGCCCGCGAGAAGGAGGACGGAGCGGCGAAGGGAGGACGGGCGGAGAAGCAGACGGUCCCUCUCUCUCUCCUCCACCUCACUCUGCCGCCGCCGCCGCCGCCUCCUCCUCCUCCUCCACCCCCCACCGCCACCGCAGCACCGGACGCCCUCCCCCAGCCCGGCAGGCACGCCAACCCAGAGAGCCAGUCGGUGUCCGUGUCUGUGUCCAUCGCCCCGGCAACCGUAACCAUGGCCGCGCCGCCUCAGCCCAUCCCGGCGGCUGUGGUCGUGGUGGGCUCCAUGGAGCAGAAUCCCAACCCCAACCCCAACCCCAACGCCAACCAGGUGAGGAAGAACCACGCCUGCGAGGCCUGCGGUAAAGCCUUCAGAGACGUCUACCACCUGAACCGCCACCGUCUGUCUCACUCUGACGAGAAGCCGUACUCCUGCCCCGUCUGCCAGCAGCGCUUCAAGAGGAAAGACAGGAUGAGCUACCACGUCCGCUCGCACCAGGGCGGCGUGGAGAAACCAUACGUGUGUCCGCACUGCGCCAAGGCCUUCUCCCGACCGGAUCACCUCAACAGUCACGUCCGUCAGGUUCACUCCACAGAGAGACCGUUCAAGUGCACGACGUGCACGUCGGCGUUCGCCACGCGCGACCGUCUCCGCGCUCACCUGAUCCGCCACGAGGAGAAGGUGCCGUGUCACAUCUGCGGGAAGCUGCUGAGCGCCGCUUACAUCACCGAUCACAUGAGGGUCCACAACCAAUCACAGCACCACGCCUGCCACCUGUGCAACCGCAGCUUCACCACUCUCACCUACCUGCGCGUUCACGCCCAGAAGCACCACGGCCAGGAGUGGAAGGAGAGCGGCGGAGCGCGGGGGGGCUUCGGCGGGACGGGUGCCGGAGGGGUGCUGCUUUGCCAGCUGUGCGGGGUGCAGUGCAAGACCGCCACACAGCUCCAGGGUCACAUGGGCACCCACGCCACCCAGGGAGACCCCGCGACCCCCGACCCCAGCAGCGCCGGGCCGGUGGGCAGCAGCGUGGCCGUCAACGUGUCCAGCGCCAGCACGGUGGGACUGUUGGUUACUGACUGCUCCAGUAUCAACCCCCAGACCCACAGCUAG